UGUUUACUUGAAAUAUUUAGCAGACUUGGUCUUAGUCUUAGUUUUUUACUCAUAAAGUUCAGUUUCACUGAACUUCAUUAACUUAUCUUGUUUGCUUACACAACCAAUUAUAAUGGAGAACACUGAAUCAGCAAAAAAUGAAGAGAAACUUGGGUGUUUCUAUAAUGGGAAGCAAUGGAUUAAGGCAUUGCCUCUGCGAGCUCUGAAUAAUGUUGCCGAGUUUGGAAACAAAGUGAAAAAGCUUGGAAAAGAUGACCCAAGAAGAGUUACUCACUCUAUCAAGGUGGGAUUAGCUCUCUCGUUAGUUUCACUCCUCUACUACUUCAGACCUCUUUAUGGAGGCUUUGGUGUCUCAACUAUGUGGGCGGUUUUAACUGUGGUUGUCGUUUUUGAAUUUAGUGUUGGUGCUACUUUGGGUAAAGGCUUAAAUAGAGGCAUAGCAACGUUACUAGCUGGUGUUUUAGGUGUGGGAGCUCAUCACUUAGCAGCACUUGCUGGUGAUAAAGGAGAGCCAGUAUUGCUUUGUCUCUUCGUCUUCUUGCUUGCUGCAGCGUCAUCGUUUUCACGGUUCUUUCCAAUGAUUAAGGCUAGAUAUGAUUAUGGAGUGUUAAUAUUUAUAUUGACAUUUAGCCUGGUGGCUGUAUCUGGUUAUAGAGUUGAAAAUCUCAUAGAACUUGCCCAUCAAAGAUUAUCAACAAUAAUAGUUGGUAGUUGUACGUGUAUUCUCAUAUCUAUUUUUGUAUUCCCGGUGUGGGCUGGCAAAGAUCUUCGCAAUCUGAUUUCUCUGAACAUCGAAAAGCUUGGUGACUUCUUACAAGGAUUUGAAGAGGAAUACUUUGAAAAAGAUGAGAACGAAGAAAACGUUUUGGUUUGUCAGAGUAAGAAGCCCCUUUGCGGAUACAAAAGUGUUUUGAAUUCUAUGACUGCUGAAGAAUCACUGGCAAAUUUUGCUAAAUGGGAACCACCACACGGGCGUUUCAGGUUUCGUCAUCCAUGGAAUCAGUACUUGAAGAUUGGAGCCAUAACUCGUCAAUGUGCAUGUCAAAUGGAAGCUCUUAAUGGUUGCAUUAAUUCUGAAAUCCAGGCAUCAUCACAGGAAUUUAAGAAGAAAAUACAAGAAGCGUGUACAAAGAUGACUUUUGAAUCCAGCAAAGCUUUGAUGGAGUUAUCAUCCUCAAUCAAAACAAUGACGCAUCCGAAAUUUGUCAUUGCCCACUUAAAGACCUCGAGAAUGGCAGCCGAAGACCUGAAAAUGGCUCUAAAAGAAGCUCAGUUGGAGAAAACUGAACUAUUGCAGAUCAUACCAACUACGACAGUUAUUUCUCUGCUAAUUGAGAUACUCGCAUACACUGAAAGAAUUUCGGAAUCAGUUCAUGAACUUUCUCGUUCGGCAAAAUUUAGAGGUGUGGCAGAUUCUACUGCCAUAGUACCGGUUUCUGAUAGUGAGGAUUCCGUCCCACAUGUUGUUCUGACAGUACAUGAAAUUGCAUUACCUUAAGAUAAUAAUUCUCCAGAUGUUAAGAUGCAUAAUAUAGUUUAAGCAUGUGCGUGUGUAAAUGUACUCUUAUAUAUGUAUACAUACCAACUUAUUAUAUAUACAUAUA